GUGCAUGACAUUUGUGUCGUUCGUUCCAGCGUCGACAUCGAUGUUCUCACGAGCGAUCCGUCGAGUGGCGGUGACCGGUCCCAAGUUCACCCGAGGAAAGUACUCCAUCCGCGUGUCCAAGGAGAAGGACGUGAGCUUCGCCACUGCGCAUGUCGACGACCCAUUCCACCACUUCGUCCUCAACGGAUGCUGGGGUCUCACCGCGCUGGCCACGUCCACCGCGUUCUACCAGUUUGUCACAAACUUGCACACAGUCCCCAUCACAGGACGAACGCAGGUCGUUGUGUUCAAUCGCGAAGACGACACGGAGAUGGGCAACCAACAUGCCAAGGAAGCCCUGGCCGGCAAAACCCUCGUGAACAGCGGCCCUCGCUUCAAGAUGGUCAAGGACGUUGCCACUCGUCUUGUGGCGGUGGCUGACAAGAUCUUCGAGCCUGGAUUCCAGUGGCAGAUUUACGUAGUGCAGGACCCCCAGAUCAACGCAUGCUGUUUUAUGGGGGGCAAGAUGUUUGUGUACACUGGGCUGCUGGACUUUAUCGACGCCAUGGUGGAGCAGGGUAUUUGCUCCAACAAGUACAACGCCCUCGCCACCGUCCUCGGCCAUGAGAUUGCUCACGCGCUGGCGCGGCACACGGCUGAAACGCUGAGCUACCUCCCCGUUCUCAUCGCGUUGUCGCUGCUGACUGUGGACAGCGAGCUCAUUGCGUCGAUUUUCACCUACUUUUGCCAACUUCCAUUCAGUCGUCUCCAUGAAACCGAAGCCGAUCACAUUGGAUUGAUGCUCAUGGCCGCGGCGUGCUACGACCCGUCCGAGGCGCCCAAGUUUUGGGAAGGCAUGAAGCUUGUGAACGAGGAAGGGAUCGAUUGGUUCUCGACCCAUCCAGCCGACGACAAGCGGCAGAAACACCUGGAGCAGCUGACGGCCGAGGCGAUCGCGUACCAGGACAAGGCGUCGUGGUGCGGGGACAUGCAGUCCAAAGUGUCGCAGCUCAUCUACAGACGCAUCACGCGGCGCCGCGCCACGGCUGGCACGACCCACUCGGCGGAAAUGGCCGCCAUGUGGGAUGGCAUGCAAGCCACAACCAACCAACCCCCGCCGCCACCGCCUGCUACGACUAUCCCAGUGCCAUAGCCAUGUCGUCGUCGUUCGAGAAGAAGUUGCCGAGCAAUUACAGCACUAUAUAGUAUGCAGGUGCAAGUGUCGACGUUGAAUCAUGACGACAUGGACCGACUUGUAUUGUGAGUUGGCUAUAAACUUUCAAAAUUCGCGUGGUUUGUCGAAUCAAUAUAUUGAAUCACGCCAGAGUUCUGAUUGGUUGAAUAUACUUGUCCUUUCUGUCAUA